GGAUGAGUCGCAGGCUUGUUGACUGCACACGAAAUUCGUGAGAAAUAUCGACUUGCAGUCAUACUUCGACAACGGUCUUCUCGCAGACAGACACUCCACUGUUUCCGGCCGCCGACGUCGAGAAUUCAUCGCACCUAUCCAUCUCUGAGUCGAGCAUCGCGACCUCGCCAAAGCCGACCGAAACCCAUCAAGGGAAAAUACUUCAAAGAGGAGGGGCCCGAAAAAAUCGUUACCCCGCGGAUUCACCAUGGCGAGCAACGGCGACAAAUUCGGCAACGACAUCGAGUCCGAGUCUGACUCCGGAAACGAGUCCCAGGUUGAGCAGCACGACUCGGACAACGAGAUCAACGAGAAGCCCCUCAAAAGCGCUCUCAAGAAGACAGAGCCCGCGCCCGCGGUUCAAAGACCGCCACUGCCGCCCCAGACAGACCCCAAAGAUCUUGACGUCAAGGCCCUGAAUCCCCUGACGCCCGAGAUCAUUGCGCGGCAAGCGACCAUUAAUAUCGGCACCAUCGGCCAUGUCGCUCACGGAAAGUCGACAGUGGUGAAAGCUAUUUCUGGUGUCCAAACCGUUCGUUUCAAAAACGAGCUCAUCCGAAAUAUUACCAUCAAGCUUGGCUACGCCAACGCCAAAAUUUACAAGUGUGACAAUCCGGAGUGCCCUCGGCCAACAUGUUAUCGGAGCUACAAGAGCGAGAAGGAGGUCGACCCUCCUUGUGAACGGGAAGGAUGCUCCGGGACAUACAGGCUACUGCGUCACGUUUCAUUUGUGGACUGCCCCGGGCACGAUAUUCUGAUGAGCACCAUGUUGUCAGGUGCCGCAGUCAUGGACGCUGCGUUGCUUCUUAUUGCCGGCAAUGAAUCUUGUCCACAACCGCAGACGUCCGAACACUUGGCGGCUAUCGAGAUUAUGAAGCUCGACAAGAUCAUUAUCCUCCAAAACAAGGUCGAUCUCAUGCGGGAAGAGGCCGCCAAGCAGCACUACGAGUCCAUUCUCAAGUUCAUACGAGGUACUGUGGCUGGCAAGUCGCCUAUCAUCCCCAUCUCGGCCCAGCUCAAGUUCAAUAUCGAUGCUAUCAACGAUGCUAUUGUCAACACGAUCCCUAUCCCUCCUAGGGACUUCUCGCAGGAUCCGCACAUGAUUGUCAUCCGGUCUUUCGACGUCAACAAACCUGGUGCCGAGAUCGAUGAGCUCAAGGGUGGUGUCGCUGGUGGUAGUAUCUUGCACGGUCUCCUGAAGCUUGGUGAUGAAAUCGAGAUCAGGCCCGGUAUUGUGUCUCGUGACGACAAGGGUAACCUAAAGUGCACGCCUAUCUUCAGCCGCAUUGUCUCUCUCAACUCGGAGGCCAAUGACCUGAAGUACGCCGUCCCUGGUGGCCUGAUUGGUGUUGGUACCCGCAUCGACCCUACCCUCUGCCGUGCCGAUCGUCUAGUUGGUUUCGUUCUGGGUCUCAAGGGUCGCCUGCCCGAGAUCUACAGCGAAAUCGAGGUCAACUUCUACCUCCUCCGCCGCCUGCUCGGUGUACGGACGGCAGACGGCAAGCAGGCCAAGGUCGACAAGCUGGCCAAGAACGAGGUCAUCAUGGUCAACAUCGGUUCGACCUCGACCGGUGCCAAGGUUGUGGCCAUCAAGAAGGACGCCGCCAAGCUCCAACUCACGAGCCCGGCAUGCACGAACAUUGGCGAGAAGGUCGCUCUCAGCCGACGUAUUGAGAAGCACUGGCGUCUGAUCGGCUGGGCUACUAUCGCAGCUGGUGUCACGCUCGAGCCUAGCACCUCCAAAUGAGAUAUCCCUUCGACGAGGGCAGUGAGAAUCCAUGAGUUUAUGAAGGAUCAGGGGAUUGAUUUACAUGUGGCUCUUUAGUGACGAGUUGGUUGCGAGCUGGACAGAUGACCUUGGGCGGGGAGAUCACGCAUAGCAGACCAAGGAUGUGGUGGGCACCAGCAUAGUCUAAAGCCCUGUUAUCUUCAUGCGAUCACUGGUAGAUGAAAAAGGAAACGGAGCCUCGGGUCUGUAGACA